AUGGAUACUCAAAAUUACAAAGGAUGGUCCAACUUGCAAAACAAGAAUGUUUAAGAAGUUGAAUUAUGUGAGGCUUGUAAAUGCUCAAAUGGGAGGUGAUAGCAAGAGAAAAAAAUAACAAAAAACUUUUAAAGUUUAGCGGUUAUAAUACUUAUUUCACUGUCUUUGUAAAUCUUCCAUUGGAAACCCCAUCUCGCUAGGAUUUUUCUUUUUGUAGCCUUUCGGUGCUUAAUUUCAACACUUUUGUUUCUCUUUCCCCAAUUUUCCGUCCUCCUAAUUCUCUGAUUUCUUCGUUCUUAAAUUCCAUUUCGUUUUCCCACCUUCGAUCCUCAAAAUCCCCAUUUCCCCAAUCGCCAAAAAGCUGAAGAAAAAAGAAAAAAAGCUGCAGAUUCUGACCUCCUUGUUCCCCAAAUUCAAUUCAAACUUCGUUUUCCCACUCUCUUCCUUUUCAAUCUCCCGGUUUGUUGUUGUUCUUCACUUUUUGUUCGUUUGUUCGUUCUCUCGGACUGCGGAAUUGGAGAAAUUCGUGGUUAUGGCGAUCGAAGUUUGCUCGGAGAUUUCCAGUGUAGGAAUCAGUCCGAGAAUCUCGUUUUCGCACGAUCUGAACCAGACGGAUUUGUUGCCUUCAUCCGAUGGAAGUCGCGAUCGUCUCGACUUGACUCUGCUCGAAUCCGAUUUCGAUUUCUGCAUUGGCAAUCUUCUGAUUCAAGAUCUCUCCUCCGCCGAUGAACUCUUCUCCAAUGGCAGGAUUCGCCCCGUCCAAAUCAAGAAAUCUCUCGACGCGAACACACAAUUAGUUCAUAAACCUAAUGAAUCUGCUCCGAUUGCUCCUCCCGAGCCUUCCAGAAAUUCGAUCUCCUCCGAGAAGAAGAGCCUCAAAGAGCUUCUCUCCGCGAGUUUCGAUGCCGAUGAGAAACCGCAAUCGAAAUCGUUCUGGCAAUUCAAACGUAGCAGCAGUCUCAAUUGCGAAAGCUCCAAGAGUCGAAGUCUGAUUCGAUCGCUGCAUUUUCUGUCGAGGAGCAAUUCGACUGGUUCCUCGUUGAAUCCCAAACAGCAACCGAACUCCAAGGAUUCUUCGUCUCAGAGGCCGAAUUUGCAGAAACAGCCAUCGAUUUCGAGUAGGAAAUCGUCGGCAUCUUCUUUCCCCAACUCAUAUUUCACAAAUUCAUCCUCACAGAAGUCUUCGACGAGGAAGAAUUUCGGGCCGAACAAUGGCAAUGCGGUCCGAAUCAGUCCGCUUCUCAAUCUCCCUCCGCCAUACAUUUCCAAAGUAACUGUAAGUUUUUUCGGAUUCGGUUCUCUGUUUUGUAAUGGUAAGAUAAAAAAGAAGAAGAAAUGAAAAAAAAAAACCCCCCCAAAAAUCAAAAACCAAUUCUGUGUUCAUAAAAUUCCUCCCACUCGAAACUGAAUCUUCCAAGUACAGAUUAGAUUGAUUUCAUCUGUGUAUCAUUUCUGUUUCAUGAGCAACAACAUGUGAUCACUCUCUGCAAAUCCCAACUAAUUAAAAACUGAAUCAUAUUCCAUUUUGAAAAGAAGAUGGUGGAAAUUCAAGAAUGGGGAAAUGGGAAAUGGGAAAUGAACAGUCAUUGGGUAAAAAAGGUUCCACUCACAUCAACAAUGUAUAGAACCUAGGAGACACAUAAACAAAACAAAUUGAUGCCAUUUUCAAUGGCUAAAACCCAUCUCAAUUCUCUGUUCUCUCCUCUUUUUUUUUUUUUUGCUUGCCCCAAUUUUUGGUUUUUUUUCUUUUUCUUCCUCAAUAAUUAAUCUUAUGGGCUGUCUCUUUGUUCUUUUCAACUCUGAUUGAAGGCUUCUUUUAGUUUUUUC